GAUUCCCAUCGUGGCCAAAGUCUUGCCCAACGGCCAAGCGGCGAAGUGGAACAAGUGGGCGGAGCCUUCCAGGAAAUUACGGCCCGGGCUCGGACUGCGCUCGGUGGACGAGACACAGGACGCGGCCCGGAUCUUGUCGGUGCUGCUGGAGAUGAAAG